UUUUCAGGUACAAAGAAUUACAACUGAUAGUAGGCCACUUGGCCUGAGGCUUGAAGGAUAAUACUGACAUUACCUAGGUGGGAGUUCUGAAAAUGGCAGUUAAUGUAGCAGGCUUGAAAAGAAACUUGAAGAACAUCGCUCACAAUUACACUGAUGCUCAGGUGAAAGUGCGUGAAGCAACAAGCAAUGACCCCUGGGGUCCUUCCAGCACUUUAAUGUCUGAGGUUGCAGACAUGACUCACAAUGUUGUUGCCUUCAGUGAAAUCAUGCAAAUGAUCUGGAAGCGACUGAAUGACCAUGGGAAGAAUUGGAGACAUGUCUAUAAGGCCUUAGUUUUGUUGGAAUAUCUCAUCAAGACAGGCAGUGAUAAAGUGGCCCAGCAGUGCAAGGAGAACAUAUUUGCGAUUCAAACUCUUAAGGACUUUCAGCAUGUGGAAGAAAAUAAGGAUUUGGGAAUGAAUGUACGGGAGAAAUCGAAGCAGCUGGUAGCUCUGCUCACCGAUGAAGAGAAGUUUAAGAGUGAGAGGGCAAGAGCAUUGAAGGCCAAGGAACGGUUUUCUCAAUCCAUUGUUGCCCUUGGAAGUGAAUCCAAUGUCCCAAUUAGAUCAGAGUCAUAUCUUGGAGAGAACACAGUCAUCAACAGGACAUCAAGGCGCAUCUCCUCAGACCUGGAAUCGGCUAGGCCUCAGACCGCUGGCGAGGAGGAGUUGCAGCUCCAGCUGGCUCUUGCAAUGAGUAAAGAGGAAGCCGACCAAGAAGAGCACAAGAAGAAGAGUGAUGACGUUCGAUUGCAACUGGCUCUAUCUCAAAGUGAAGAAGAAUUCAAGACAAAGCGUCAAACCAAGAGUGCUGGAAUGAGUAUCCUAGAUUUGGAUCUUGAUCUUGGGAAUCCAAGACCUACUGCUUCAGCCUCUGAUCCUUGGGCUGUCCAUUCUCCUCCUUCCAUGUACCAUUCACAGACCUCUCCUGUUGAUCCCUGGGGUUUCCCUAUGGCCAAUGAACCUGCAACAGCACCUCCACCUGUACAUUCAGAUCCAUGGGGAGGGCCACAGCCCCCAAAGAGGAUGGGCACUCCAUCCUCCCCUGUCCCCAAUGAUCCCUGGAUGCCUACUACUACAGGAACCGUUAGCCCUAAGCCAGAAAAUGGAAUGCAGGACUUCUUGGGAGAUGCAAACUCAAGUGCAGAAUCAAUGCAACGAAGGAAGAAGCCAGAGGAUUUCUUGGGUGAGAACUCCAACCUUGUGAAUCUGGACAAUCUGAUUGGACAAAAGCCACCUGGAGCAAUUGGAGGAAAUCCAUUUGCCAUGACUGCAGUGGGGCAGGCUAACCCGUUCCAAUCUGUGACCCCACCCCGCCCCUCCCUGAACCAGAUGAAAACCCAAGCCCACCAGAGCUUCCAUCAAGAUGCCACAGCAGGGUCAUGGGCACCAGUUGGCAUGCCCCCUCCUCUCAUUGCUUCUGUUGGUGCUGAGAUGUCAGAUGAUGCCAAGUGGUCACUGGAAAUCAACUCCCUUGCCUUGAAUGUACAGUAUACUACUGUGGAAGCACUCUCAAAUCUCUACCCAUGGCUCAGGAAGGUAGUGAAGGGAAGCCUCAAAGAAAUCAUGAGUGUUUCAUAUGGGCCAAGAUCCAGUUUGGCAUUUGCACCCAAGAAGGAGGGAGCAGUGUUGGAGAUAGGAAUGCCACCAAGCCUGAGUCAGGAGAGCAUGCAGUAUCUGGUGCAUCGAUCCUUGGCCAUUUUUGAGAGACUUCACAAGGUGACACCUUCAUCUGCUCCCAGGGAUGUCAUCCUCUCACACUGUCAGGAUGCACUUGCUCAAUACAGGGAAGCCCUGGAGCACUGCCUGUCCAUUCUGGAAGAGGAAGAGGAAGGUAUGAGGGGAGAAAUGGAGAUUUCUCUCCGGCUUAUCCUGUCCAACUGUGAUUUCAUGUUGCAUCUUACUCAAGUCCUUUUCUUUCAGGGCAAGCCAGGGGACCCAGUGUCCAUGCAUUACCUGACUUGGAUACAGAAACAUUGCCAUGGUGCCAUCCAGCUCGAUCAGGAAGUUCUCUCUUCAGACAGUCCAUCUUCCCAUCCCUCCUACUGGAAAGCAGUGCAGUCAUUUCUCAUGCAAGGGCGUAUAGACAAGGCAAGGCAACUACUUCGUUUACACUGGAAUGCCAAAUCAGCUCCUUUCAAGGUUAUGGAUGAGCUUCUGGAUGGACUAUUAGACUUCUUGGACACUAUCUACUUGUCCCCGGUGGAAUUCACUCUGAGGUGGAAGAAGUGGCAGGAGGCAUUGUCUCUUCGAUUGAAAGAAGGAGUCUUCAGCACUGUCUCCAACUUGGAAUCUAUUGCUCAGGUGAUGAGUGGGGAUGUGGAGGUAUUGGAGGAGUUGGCUCCCACAUUUGAUUCUUGGUAUGAAGCUGUGGGUGCAUAUUUGCUCUGGGUGCAGCCCAGUGGUCGCUAUGAUGCAUUUCUGGAGGCUCUGGCUGACACACUUCACUUCCUGGGGAUCAAUCCAACCACCAGCAAGCGUCUCUCUUCCCUUGACAGAGUUCUUCUUGCUAUUAUGCAAAUGGACUUCCCUGAAGCAUAUCGCACAUGCCGUGCCACCCUGGAUAAUUCCUGGCUUGUUGUUCACCUGUGUGAUAUCCUCUUGCGAGCUGAUCUCUCCAGUCAGUCUCCAUCUGAGCUCAGACAAACUUCUCAAAUGCGGGAGUACCUGCUGACUGAGUAUGUGUGGGAGUUGCAUGCCUGCAUGUACCCAGAAGAUGUGCUUGUGCGAUACCUGGACCACUGCCCAUCACUGGGAAAAGAGUUGCAAAGGGCCUAUCUCAAUGCUGUUCCACUCACAAAUGACAUUAGAGCAAUGCAGAUCAUGAGUCUGGCCCAUAGUCGAGGACUCACCACUGUUGAAAUGGAGAUUGCUCGUGUCAUGGCAGCACAAUGCCUCACUAAUGGAGAAUAUUCAAAUGCUCUCCGCUGGGCUGCCCUGACGAAAAACAAGUCUUUCACGAAUUGUGUCGUGGAUCACUGCUUGAGCAAGUGCAGGAAGUACCAAGAAUUUCAUCGCUUGAUGAAUGAGCAACAGUUUGACCAGGCAACCCGACUCCUCAUCUCUCUCGUCCGGUCUCGUCUCGCACCUCGAAGCUUCUGUGUGGCCCUGCUUCACGAUGCAUGCCUGCUGUUGGAACGAGAGGGAGCAACUCUGUCACUCUCUGACAGUGCUCAUCUCUUGGACUUCCUGGAAGAGCUUGACAUGAGGGGGGAAGAGAAGGCAAAGAUCCCAAUGGAGAAGAUGCAGACCCUUCGCAAGACAAUUGCCUCCAACGUCCUUCACAGCAUUGUUUCCGGUGAAACACCCACCCUCUCCACCUCCUCCACUUCUGUCCUCCCUUCAUGAGACCUCAUGCAACUGGUCACACUGGGCUGUUUCAGCUCAUUUGCAGGUUGGUAUGCCUGCACAGGAUGGAGGAGCUGAGCAAUGAAGACUGAUCUCAGAGUCACAAUCCUCAAUGUUUCACUGCCAUUGUCAUUACCAAUGAACCCAU